AUGGACCUAAAUAAGCAGUGGGCGAACACAGAUACUAACUGGCACAAGGAAAAGAUGGAAUUACUGGACCAGUUUGACAACGAAAGGAAGGAAUGGGAAAGUCAAUGGAAGAUCAUGCAGAAGAAGAUAGAAGAGCUUUGCCAAGAAGUAAAGCUUCGGAGGAAAAUCAACAUGACUACACUUGCUAAGACCAUUGAUCUUGAUUGUGAGAAGGUCCUUCAAAACACAAUGGUGAAAUCUUUUCCAAAUUACUCCGGUUCAGGACAAUGUGAAUUUAUAGGGAUGAAUCACAAACUUGGUCUGGAAAAAGAAUAUAAACCAGAACAGAGCUUACUCACUGGAGGAGAUCAAAUGUGUAAGGAACAAAAAACAAUGAAAAAAUCACAAGUAGGGUUUAUGGAUCCUCUGGCUGCACACAACCUAAAGGAACAUGAAGCCUGGCCUGACAUGAGGACCUCUGACAAAGAAAGCAAGAACUGUUCUGUUGCCCUCAAUACAGCCCUUGAAGAACUUGCCAAAGUGAGUGAAGAAUUAUGCAGCUUUCAAGAGGAAAUCCAAAAGCAAUCUAACCACAGAAGGAUGAAGUCUGACUCUUCUCUCCAGGACAUGCCAAAUAUAAUCAACAUGCCUCAUAGGAACCACAUGAUCAGCAAUGGCCAGUUUAUUUCUCCAACUGAUAUAGAAAAAGAUAAGCAGAAAUAUAGAAUGAAUUUGUAUUAUGAGAAUGUGUUUCUAAGUGAUUCUAGGAAAAAACAUGAAAUUGACACAGUUAAUUUGCAAGGAAAUGAAAUUCCACCAGUUCCUCCUCCAAGAAGCACAUCUCGAAAUCUGCCAAGCUCAUAUUCUGAAGGCAUACAAGCCCACGAUGGGUUGAAAGAAAGUCUGGACAAUAGUUUGGUUGACCGAGAAGCUCAAGGUGAAAAGAACUGUAAUCCUCAUUUCCUGUUGAGGCAGCAUGAGAUGCCUGUGUUGUGUCCAAAUGAAGGAAAGAGUGUGAAAGAUGGUGUCAUAUUUUCUUCUUUUGCACCAGAAGCUAAAAUAAAUAACAAGCCUCAAUGUAAUGAAAAUGAAGUCCAAUAUGAACCAAGCCUGUGGUCAUGUGACAUUGGGGUAGGUGUAAAAAAUAGCCCUUCCGCAUUGUGGUUUCAGAAAACAGCCUCUACCCCUAAUAAACAAAAAUAUGAGAAGCUAAUCCCAAAUCAUUCUGCUAAAUCUCAUCCUAAUCUUCACGUCAGCCAUGGCGGUAACUCUUCAGUGGCACAGAACUGUGGCCCACUUGCAAGUUUCACUUGCAACUUUGAAAGGACCACAAGGAAUGAAAAAUUAGCAGCAAAGACUGAUGAAUUUAACAGAACCGUAUUUAGAACAGAUAGAAAUUGUGUUGCAAUACAGCAAAAUCAAAGCUACUCAAAAUCAUCAGAAAAUCCUAAACUCUGUGAUUCCUUGAUUACUCAUGGAGGUAACUUACCAGAAAAUGACAAUGUGUCCGGCAUUCCAAAAAACAGUGUCCAUGUGCCUAUGCCCACAGAAAGUGUGCCUGAUAAUCCUAGCAAAAUAUUGUCAGCAGGCCAAGUUAGACAAAUGCAGGAAUACCUAAAUCCAAGCAGUUACCAGAAUAUGCUGCAUGAACAUGACUGGAGACCAAGUAAUUUGUCUGGCCGUCCCAGGUCAGCUGAUCCUCGGUCAAAUUAUGGUGUUGUGGAAAAACUGCUGAAAACCUAUGAAGCAUCAUCAGGGUCUUCUCUGCAUUAUUCUAAAUGCUUGCAGGAUAAUUGGACUAAAUGUAACUCUAAUGUCAGUGGUGGGUCCACAUUAAAUCAGCGUUCAGAAAUGCUCCAAAUGGAACAAGAACUUCAGCAAAAGACUGCUAUGUGUGGGAGUCAACAAGGGAAGAAAGGACUAGAUCGGAGAAAGCUAACAGAGGAACUCAUGACAGUGAAAUGUUCACAUGGACAAGGGUUUUCCAGACCUGCCAGACCAGCAAAUCGCCGUCUCCCAUCCAGAUGGGCCUCCAGAUCACCAUCUGCUCCCCCAGCUUUGCGGAGAACUGCCCACAACUGUACCAUUUCUCUGCGUUCUGAAGCAUCAAUGGUCUAA